GACUCGGCUGUCAGCGUGCGUAAAUUGCUUCGAGUGAAGAUAUAUUCAAAAUGCAUUCCAGUUAUUUUCUGUUAACGCUGGUAGCGUUGGUCUGUUUGUUUGCCAUUUCUACCGACGGUCAAAAGUGGGGAACAGCAUGUGCAGAUAUGUGUGAUGGUCAAUGUCGUAAAAAACACUGCAAUAGGGAUGAAUACGAGUCAAAUAAUCAAUACUGCAAGGGCGCCUGUGAUGCUCAAAAUGGUCGGAUAUGCUGUGUGAAAGACCAGCCAGUAAUUAACUGCGAAUCUGACUGUGGUGGUACAUGUCGUAAACAUUGCAAACGUGGCGAACAAGAUGCGGAACCCGUAGAUGAGUGUGUUGAAAGUUGUCCAACGGAUUAUAGGUGUUGUGUGCCAGAUGAGGAAGCGUGUAAAAAUGAUUGUAAUGGCCAGUGCCGUAAAAAUCACUGCAACAGAGAUGAAUAUGAAUCAUAUGAACCAAGUUGUGUAAAAGAUUGUGGUGAUAAAAAAGGUCGGAUAUGCUGUGUUCCAGAAGAACCAGAAUACGAAUGCGAAGGAAACUGUGGCGGCAAAUGUCGUAAACAUUGCAAACGCGGUGAACAAGAUGCGGAGCCCGUAGAUGAGUGUGUUGCAACGUGUCUACCUGGUUAUAGAUGUUGUGUGACAGAUGAGGAAGCGUGUAAAAAUGAUUGUAAUGGCCAGUGCCGUAAAAAUCACUGCAACAGAGAUGAAUACGAGUCUAAUGAACCGAGCUGCAUGAAAGAUUGUGAUGAUAAAAAAGGUCGGAUAUGCUGUGUUCCAUGAUAUCACUGCCAGGCAUCCAUCCAUAAAUAACAAGCGAGAUUUAUAGUUUGUCUCAUGUAAAGAAUAAAUUUAGUACUUAGAUUAUGAAUAAAGCAUAUAAAAAGCA